AGCUGGGGUAGGUGGGGUCACAAAGAGCCAAGAUGGCUGACUUUGAGGAGCCGCUGUCAGAUGAGGAGAAGGUGCGAAGCCUUGAAUUAUUUGCUUUAGGCUGCUCUUUCUUACCUGCGAUCAAUUACUGAUAUUAAAAUCGUACUAGAGUUAACGAUUAAGCUUUGGAAAUGCAAUCUUUUGUAACGUUCAGCAAUAAUUAACUUCUGUUUGUAAGCUACCACUAGCCAACUAGUCCAUGCUAGUUAAAGCCUUGGUGGCUAGCGGCGAAAUUAAAUAAAGGGGUUAGACACUUGGUGCUUAUGCUUCAACGGCUUAGAUAUUGACUUAAAUUAAAAGGGAAUUUGAAAUGCCAUCCACCGAAGAAGUCACGUAGUUUUGUUCUUAAAAGCUUGUUAUAAUUGCAGUGCAGGAGUAAGCUAACAUUAGCAGCUAACGUUACUUUGGAUUUGUGGGUCAAACAGAUUCUGUUGCAGCUGAAAUAUUUGCCAGCCUCACAUGAGAUCAGGAGAUAGGGUGUCUAAAAUUUAGAUGCAGCCCGUUAGUGACACCAUUGGCAGUGGAUACUGGUGGCAGCUGGACAUGGGACCAGCAAAGUUAAAUUACUCUGAAUGACAGGCUGCAGCGUCUCUGUCACAGGCGAGAAUCACGUUUACCAUGCAAGCUGCAGCACAGUUAUCCGAUGGUUGCAUGGUUUUACACAGACCUGACACAUGCAUUUGCACCUUGUUACUCUAGUGUUUGAAGUUGCAGUUAAAAUAAUAUUAGUUUUAACGUUAUUUCGACGGUUUCUGAUUGCCUAUUGGGUGUAAAGAGUUGGUCCUCCACUGUUCUCCUUGUAAUAAAAGCUCAUUGAUUGAUUGAGUCUUUGAAAAUGAUCAAUCUAAAAGACAUGCAUGCUGAAAUAUAUGUAUUGUUAAUACAUAAUACCUCUUUCUAUCAUGUUUCUGUUGAAGAGUAAGUAUUUUUACAUUCGUUGACAUUGCAAUAUCAAAUUUCCCAGUGUGUUUGGCGUAGUAGUAUUUCAUUUUGUAUUGAUAAACAGACAUGUACCCAAUUUCACUAAUACUGAAUUGACCUUUUGCAUUUAUUUUCUUUGUUAAGGUUCGCAUUGCGGCCAACUUUGUGACUCAUGCCCCCCCUGGAGAGUUUAAUGAGGUCUUUAAUGGUAAGAAGUACAGGCAACUAAUCAUGACAUGAUCCGUGUGAUAGUAAUACUGUAUCCUAGGACUGGGCGGUUUGGUAAAAAAAAAAAAAAAGAUCAGGAUAUAUUUUGUCAUAUCCUCCGCUUUCGAUUAUUAUCAUGAUUUUUUUUUUAAACUGCCAGUUUUAAAGCAUCUGUACUAAAAAUUCAAGAAACUAGAGAUUAGUUCAACAUUUUAUCAACAUACAAAGUAAAUAACAAAUAAUAACUUAGAACACUAAGAAAAAUUUAAAAACAUUUUAACUCAACAGUACAACAAAUGUAGAUAAAUACUUAAUAAUACAGUGAAUUAGUUUACAGUUCUGAGUGUUUUUGCAGGUGUGCAAUACCCAAAAUAAACAAAUCGCCCCCUCAGAGAUAAUGAAGACACCUUAAAAUGGAAACAUAGAUUAUGCGAUUGGUUGCUGCUUUAGUCUGGAGGCUGCACCGCUAGUUGUGGCUAAACUGCAAAUGCUACUUGUGCCGUCAGCAGUGACAGGCUAUGCAGACUCUGCUCCCAUUUUCAUGCUUUCCUCAUAAUCACUCAGGAAGAAGUUCUUUAAAGGAUUAAACAGAUCUGUCGUGUUGCCGGUUUUUAAGGCACCGACCGCCGACAUACCCUACACAUCGGCUUAAUUACUCAAUGUCACUUUGGAGAUACCUGAACCACUGCCACACAACCGAUGUUGAGUAACUUCUCUUCUCAACAAAAACAUCUUCGGAGGAUGACUCAAAGUCACGGCUGACGUCUAUUUUGCUGCCCUCAGCGCCGCGUUUAGCUCCAAGUUCGGUCAUUCUGUUUAUGUCUCCGGCAACUUACAUAAUUGAGCAGGAAAAGCUCGACUCUGUUUAGCUGUUGUGACGCACAUUUCCUCAUAUGAUCGAACUGAAAUUUAUCACGAUCAUCAAUCACGAUCAUAUCAUCGCCCAGUCCUACUGUCUCCUAUAUUGUCUCUUACAGUUACCAUAACCAUAAAACCCUCAUGUUUUUGUUUGUGUGUGUCUUUUCAGAUGUGCGGCUUCUUCUCAACAAUGACAACCUCCUUAGAGAGGGGGCGUCCCAGUAAGUACAAGGACAAGAUUUGACUGCCCUUAAUUUCCGAAGUUCAACAUUUGUAUUCAACAUUUAUUUGUAAAUUGUGGUUUAUUUUAUACACAUAAUGAAAAUGAAGUAAACUGAACUCUGGUUUUGCAUAUCUGGUGUCAUAUUAUAAGUGCUUACUAACCUAUUUCAAUCAUGCAGCUCCUUUGCCCAGUACAACAUGGAUCAGUUUACUCCUGCUAAAUUAGAGGGCUAUGAAGAACCGGUAUGAUUCACCCUGAUGUCCUUGCUUCUUUUUCUUGAUGGGGUAGGUGUUGAAGCCAGAUUUUUUUCAAUUUUUUCCUCUGUUCGUUGUAGGUCCUGAUCACAGAGCAUGGUGACCUAGGCCAGGGACGUUUCCUUGACCCCCGCAAUUGCUUGUCCUUUCGGUUCGACCACCUAAGAAAAGAAGUGAGCGAUGUGCAGCCGUAUGACGGAGAGAUGGCCCUGAGAAGCUGGAGAGAUGCCUGUGAUACUUUCCUUACUGCCUAUGUCAAAGAACACUACCCCUCUGGAGUCUGCACUGUAAGGCAAAUGAAAGAAAUUGUGACUGUUUUGAAUAAUGUACCUGCAUCCAUCUUUACCUGUACCAUCUGAAUACUGCAGGUAUAUGGAAAAAUGGUGGAUGGUCAGCAAACAAUCAUAGCCUGCAUUGAAGGACAUCAGUUUCAACCCAAAAACUUCUGGUACAGUGAAUACUCUUCCAACUGAUUUUUUAAACAUAUCUGAUACAGCUAUAUUUUUUAGUUUUAACAUAAACACAAUUUUCUUAUAAUUUAUAUCGUUUUUAAAUGUUUUAAUCUGGCUGUAAUAAAGGGAUACUCUUUGUCUCUCGCACAGGAACGGGCGCUGUAGGUCAGAGUGGAAGCUUACCAUCGGUCAAUCCACAGCUCAGGUUGUAGGAGUCUUGAAAAUCCAGGUAAAAUUAACUCACCACGUACAGCUGCAUGUAUGAUAUAUCAAAAAGAAUUAUAAUUAUUAUUUUUAAUUGUCAGCCUUACAGUGAAGUUUAUCUGUUUUCAGGUACACUAUUAUGAAGACGGGAAUGUGCAGCUGGUUAGCCACAAGGAGGUUGAAGAAUCGAUACCAGUGACUGUAAGUCAUGAGCAGUCAUGUCUACCUAAUGUUGCUGUCAUAGCUCUGUCAGCUCAAGAGAUGUUUAUUACUGUUAUUUGGACAAAGCUCAUGGCUAUUUAUGUUUUGCUGAAACAGAAUGAAAACCAGACAGCCAAGGAAUUUGUUGACAUCAUUGAGAAUGCAGAAAAUGACUACCAGGUAAGCUAUCUGGCAGUGUUGUUUUCGAUGACUAUGAUGUUGACGAAAACAACACUGAAGAAUAUAUUUUUAGCGUUUGACUGAUGAAAUGCUCAUGAAUUUUGCAACUGUGUUCGUCGUCCACCACUAACGUUUUCAUCCAGUCUCGUCUCGUCAACGUGAACGCACAUUCGUCUCGUCACAUUUUAGUCAUCUAAGACUUAUGUUUAGCUCGUCAACGCCACGUCUUCUUCUUGGAAAACGAAAACAACACUGCUACCUAGUAGUUAGCACACACGUUUGUAUGAGAGCAGCCAGACUUGUACACAUUUAGUUGAAAACGAGUAGUUGAAGCACUGGGGAUGUGGCAAAGCUUGAUGAAAGAAAAGACCUGUUGUUUUGAGUUAGUGGCAGAGAGAGUAAACUUUGUACAACUGUUGAGUCCCUCCCUGCAGGUGGAGGAUUCCUCCGAUGAAUCCAGUUAUAUUACAUUCUUCAUUCAGUCACUUAUAAAGGCAAUCAAUGGUGAUCCUAGUCAUGUCUCAUUUAUAUUUCUCAUUUGCAUGACCUUAAGUGAGCUCUACACUACUAUACUAAAGACGCUCGCUUAAGAAACUGAAUUUGAUGAGUUGAGCAGAGCUGGAUUUACAAAACUAUGUCUUUUUUUAUGGUUAUCUACAGCUGUGUGAUAAAAGUCCUAAUGAAUAAAAAAAUGCUCUUAAACAUCUAGAGAAAAACAGACCCGCCUGAUUACAUAUAAAACCAUCCAUAGGCUUUACUGGACUCCUUGUAAAAUGGCGAGACUAAAGUUGUGUGAAUCUGACUUGUGCUGAGGUGUGAGAAGAGUAGGGGAACACUUUUACACAUCUUAUAUGAAUGUGAAAAGACACAAAACCUAUGGGUAAAUAUAAUAUUAUGUAUUAAUAAAGCAUUCGGUAUAGAACUAGCUUGGUGCCCCGCCCUGUGUAUUCACUCCCACAAACUCUUUCAUGAAUGGUUGGAAGAAAUGAAUUUAAAAAAUGCUCUUAUUAUGUUUCCUGUCACUCUUUGUCCUCAGACCGCAAUCAGCGAGAACUACCAGACCAUGUCUGACACCACCUUCAAGGCCCUGCGUCGCCAGCUGCCUGUCACACGCACUAAGAUUGACUGGAAUAAGAUUCUAAGCUACAAAAUUGGCAAGGAGAUGCAGAACGCCUAGAGGAAGGUCAGGGACUGACCAGGGAGACACACACUCCACUGGGCCCACAACCAACUUAUAGAUGUGCAAGGACUAACCAAAGCAAAACUUUAUCAGUAUGGGGCAAGGAAUUAAAAAUAAUGAUAAUAAAAAAAAUAGAAAAAAAACGGUUUAACUGAAGAUUUACAGACUGUUAGGCACUGACAUCCGUCUGCUGAAAGGAAGAUGUGGUUAUGGAGAUAAUCAUGGUUUGAAGAAGGACUUUACUUCUGGAUGUAUGUUGUGAAAGAGUUGUGUUGGGUCAGUGUGCAGGGCUGUGCUCAGGACUGCUACAUUUAAGAAGUUAAUCAUCCUCCCUGGUUGUCUAAUGAACCGCAGACCUCUUAUCACAAGGUUUCAGAAGUAACAAUACUUAUUCUUUUGUUAAUUGUGAGCACGUCACAAUGAAGGUCUUAGCACACAGGAAAAAAGAACAAGGACCGCACAAGGCAGCUGGUUACAGAAAUAAAGCACAUCAUCUCUUAUCAGGGUUUGAUUUAGGACUGGAUAAAAAAAAGGGUUUUGUUUCAAUGUUAUAUAAAAUGUAAUUUGAAAUCUGCUGCAUACUUAACAAAAAAUCGACAGGAAGAUCGAAGCAGUCACCUGACAGCGAGAUGUUGCUGGUAAAAUGAAGAACUUGAAUACUGGUCUUUGACAUUUCAGAGUAGCAGGGUCCUCAGCAUAGCUCUGUUCCUGCACGUUAAAACUUUUAUGUUUGUUGGUGUCUGUCGGAGCUGAGAGAAUGUUUGUUUUCUGUUGUUCUCUGCUGAUGUGUUUGUCUCUACCCAUGCAAGCUAUGAUGACUGAAGUGAAGAUAAAGCGACUUUAACGCUGCUGCAUCUCUAAUGCAUUGUCUGUUCUCUUACUUUGGCGACACCACCUCCAUUGCUGUACAGCUUUUCCUUUGUGAAAGGAAAACAGAAUCAUAUUAACCAAGAUUUAUUUGCCAAAAUCUCUUUCCUAUGGUAAAGAACUCCAUCCUCCCAUCCAUGUAUGCAAAUUUCUAUUUUAAUACGCAGUUUGUUUUUUUUUUGUUCUGAGUCUUAGGAUAUUGCACUCUUCACUGUAAACAACCGUUAGUGUAUUGGUCUAUGCCAAGUGAACGCAAAGCAGUUGCCGUGUAAGGCAACACCAUAUACUGUAUAUGUUACAUAACUUCUGUAAGGCCACAUCAUACUGUAAGUGUUACAAGAAUUGUAAGUAGGCUGACUCUGGAUCAGUUACUUGUUAGCUAAACUACGUGCAGUGUUAAACCCUCACACUAUACUACAACUGUGUGCCGAUCAGUUCUGAAGACUGUACUGCCCCAUUCUGUUGUGCAAAUAAAUGGAUUGAACAUCUUGACAGA